GUAAGAUUUGUGUACAGAGCGAGGAGUGCACAUACUAACUGAUCAUCGGGUUUGUAAUCUACAUUGAAAGGCUGACUGAAACAGAUCUGUCAUAAAUCCGCGAUGCAGUGAUCAGAUCGUGAGAAGAUAACUGAACGGGGAUAAGUCCAAUCUCCGCAUACAUCGGAGUUAGCGCAUCCUGAAGGGGCCAGUCAUCAUAUAAAUCAGAGAAUGACUGUUGGCGUCUCUUGCCUGCAUUGUUUUUCUCUCGCUGAACUCGAGCCCUCAUCCCUCAACACAUCCACACAUACCUCCAUCAACAAUGCCCCAAGGUCGAAUCUGGUUCAUAACCGGCGCCUCCUCCGGCCUCGGCCUGCAACUUGCCCUCACAGCCUCCCAGCACGGCGACACCGUGAUCGCGACCUCACGAGACCCAAGCAAACUCGCCCCUCUAGCAGAACAAAACCCUCUCAUCAUCCCCAAACCCCUCGACCCAGCAACCGCCUCCCCCGACACCCUCACCACCCUAAUCGACGAAAUCACCACCGCCCACGGCCCCAUCGACAUCCUCGUCAACAACGCCGGCUACAUCCUCGAAGGCGCCAUUGAAGAAUGCACCGACGCCGAACUCGAGGCCCAGUUCGCUGUCAACGUCUUCAGCCCGGUCCGCGUCAUCCGCGCCGUCGCGCCGUCCAUGCGCGCUCGCUCCGCCGGCAUAAUCGCUAAUAUCGGCUCCAUUGGCGGGUGGAACGGCUCUCCUUCUGCGGGCUUCUACUGCGCAAGCAAGGCCGCUGUCGGCGUGUAUACGGAAGCCUUGAAAGCCGAGCUCGCGCCCUUCGGCGUCGACGUUACGUGCAUCGAGCCGGGGUAUUUUCGGACGGGGUUUCUGACGUCCGGGCAUAAGGUUAGUGCUGGGAAGAGGAUCCCGGAGUUGGAUGUUGCGACGAGGGGGAUGAGGGAGGCGCUGGAGGCGUAUAGUCUCAAGCAGCCGGGGGAUCCGGUGAAGGGGGCGCAGGUGAUGUAUGAGGCGUUGACGAAGACGGGGCGGUUUGAGGUGCUGAGGGAGGAGGGGAGACACUUGCCGGCGAGGUUGGCGCUGGGGAAGGAUGCGCUGGAUGCGAUUGGGGGGAGCUUGCAGAGGGAGAGGGAGAUGUUGGAUACGUGGGGAGGUGUGGUUGGGGAGACGGAUUGUGCGGAUGUGCAGUAGACUAUAGAGUCGUGUCUGGUAUCAUGUCGACUAAUGAAACUACUACUGUUGAUC